AUGUCAACUUUCAACAAUCAAUUAGAACCAGUGGCUAUUGUAGACAUAGCCUGUGAAUUCGCAGGUGAUAUUCAUUGUGCAAAUGAUUUAUGGUAUACAUUAAAAGAAAGUCAAAAUGUUGGUAGUGCAACAACAAUUGAUCGAUUUGAUCUUGAAUCAUUUAUUGGUCAUAUGCUUAAUAUAAAUAAUAAUGGACAACUUCAUCAACAACUUCUUCUUGCUGAUGCUGAACCAGCCAGUAUUGAUCCAUGUCAUAAAUCACUUAUAUUAAAAUUUGUUAAUUUACUUGAUGGUGCUGGAUAUAAUGUUGAAAAAAUGUCAGAUGAUGGCCUUGCUCUUUUACUGUUAAAACAAUUAAGUGAUGCUGAAAGUGAUGGCGAUCCAAUUGAAGCUAAUUAUUUACUUAAGAGUAAUUUAGGACAUACAGAAAGUGCAGCUGAUGUUGCAUCACUUAUUAAAGUUGCUAUGUGUAUGUAUCAUGGUGGUAUUACAACAAAUAUGCAAUUUACUUCACUUAACCCUAAAAUAGAUGCACAAAAAUAUAAUCUACAUAUUCUUCAAAAUUUUGUAUCAUUUCCAACACUUCCAAAUAAUGACAAAAUAGCUAUUGCAAUCUUUGUUUUUCUCAAUCGUCAACAAUUACAAGAACAAAUCAAUGCUUUUCUUACUGAACAACCAUUACCAGGCCUUUCAAUCAUAUCACGUCCAACAAAAUCAUUAGCACAGAAAAUAUGUUUUAUUUUUAGUGGACAAGGUCCACAAUGGUGGGCUAUGGGUAGACAAUUAUAUGAAAGUGAACCUUUAUUUAAUGAAUGGAUUAAUUUAAUUGAUGGAGAAAUGACAAAAAUUAACAAUAAUGAAUGGAGAUUAUUAGAAGAAUUAAAUGAAAAGAAAAAUGAACAAGAAUCUCGUAUUAAUGAUACAAAUAUUGCUCAACCAACAUUAUUUGCUAUACAAGUUGCAUUAGCAGCUUUACUUGUUUCAUGGAAUAUUUAUCCAUCAUCUAUUAUACCACAUAGUGCUGGUGAUCAAGCAGCUGCUUUUGUUGCUGGUCGAUUAACUUUAGAAGAAGCUGUUCGUAUUGAACAUUUGGCUUGUAUUGCUGUUGUUAAUAGUCCUCGUUCAGUAACAAUAAGUGGUGAUGAAAAAACUAUUGAUGAAAUACAACAAA